AUGGACACUUGCUUGUUUGUGGUGGUGACAGCCCACCCUGUGGGCUCCUUUUUGGCCUUUGACACUUCGUUGCCACUGUCCUACUUGGUGUGGCAAGUGGACCACAGCAAGCUCUUGAACCAGGGCACCAACACACAUGCACAGAUCAACACUUUUGUUGUCUCCAAGGGUCAGGCCAGUGGACUCACACUGCUUGAUGGCACAAGCAAGGUGCCACCAACAAACAUCCCAAGUGCAACCCCAUCUGCAAUCAGCAGCAUCACUGGCAUCACAUCAUCCACAACCACAGCAUUGGGCAACAGUGCCUUCAACGUGGCAGCCACUGGCACAUGCAACAUCACAAUCUUGCCUGGUGCACUUGCUUCAUCCACCACCACAUCCAACAACGUUGUGAUCAGUUCAACAGCUCUCACUGCCGCCACCACAAACAGCACCAACAUUGCCAUUGGAUCCAAUGCACUCAUGGUCCACAUGGGCAUGCCAGUGGUGGCUGUGGGUCACAACACACUCAUGAAGAACACUACAGGCCAGUAUAACACAGGAGUGGGUCAUCAGGCGCUCACCAACAUUGCCACCACCAGCAGCAACAUGGCGAUUGGCUACCAGGCCCUGACAGCAGCGACAAGCACAGUCAACUGCACAGCCAUUGGCGCAGGCGCACUAGAGAAGUCCCUCAGCAGCAUCAACACCACAAUCAGGUGCCAGAGCCUCUUCAAUGCCACAAUGGGUACAAACAACACAGUGAUUGGCGUCAACACUGGCCUUACCAUCACUACCAGAUUGUGCAAUACAUGCAUGGGCAAUGGCGCCAACGUCAACUUGGCAACAGCCAACAACCACAUUGCGCUUGGAUACAAUGCAUCGGCCACCACUGAUGGCCAAAUGGCAAUCACACCUGCAAUCACACACAUCAAGGCCACAGGACUUGGGAUGGCCAUGGAUGGCAUGGGCACAUUGCUCACUAUGGAUGCCUCUGGCAACGUGCGUAAGGCUGGUGGCACAACCAUGAAUGUGGCCACUUUUGACACCUUUGUCAACUCCAAGGGUGCCACCAGUGGUCUGGCGACGCUCGAUGGCGCCAGCCAGGUGCCUGCCAUGCAGCUCAGCAACACCUAUGCACCACCUGUCACCAAGGGAAUCUUGACCACUGGCAACGGCAGCACACCCAUCACACUGGCACCCAGCACCAACAAGCAAGUGCUAAUGGCCGAUCUGACCGCCGCCAUGGGCCUGGCCUACAAGCAAGUGGAUCAUGCCAACCUGACCAACAAGGGCACAAACACGCACGCACAGAUCAAUUCCUUCAUCACCUCCAAGGGCCAAGCCAGCGGCCUUGCAACGCUCGACAGCGCCAGCAAGGUGCCUGCAGCGCAACUUCCUGCACCAACACUGACACUCCCUGGCACUUUGAUAGGAGCGACAAGGGCGCGCCAGACCGUGCUGGGUACAGAUGCCACUAAGAACAUUUUUGACGACAGCAUAACGUACUGCACCACCAUCAGAACGAAAGUGCUGUGGGACUUCCAGACCAACAACGUCACCCUGGGGAUAAACACCACCAUUGGCAAUGCCACCCUCCUCACACUCACUGCUGGAUUCAACAACACAGCAGUCAGUGCCACAGCCAGUAACAACCUGAUGACAGGCAACAACAACACCUUCCUGGGCUACAAUGCCAACACAAGCAUUGCAGAUGACAUAUCCAACUCAAUCACACUUGGCAGUGGCACCAUGGUGGAUGCCAACAGCCAGCUUGCAAUCCCAACCACAGUCACACACGCCAAGGCAGACAGUCUUGUGACAGCUGCCAAUGGUGUGGGCAUGCUGCUUGCCAUGGAUGCCUCUGGCUACAUCCACAAGGCAGGUGGUGUGAGCAACAUGACACUGGCAGCCAUUACAGCAUCCAUUGCAGCCAAAGAAGAUCCCUCCAACAAGAAUGUGGCUGGUGGCUAUGUGGGACUUGAUGGGGCAGACAAGGUGUUGCUGGUGAACCUCCUGGACGUGAGCAUGUCUGUGAUUGGCGGUGUGACUGGUGUCACCUUGGCCUCCAACACAGCUCUGGGAAGUGGUGCCUUCAAUGUGACUGCCAUGGGACUACGCAAUGUUGUAGUGGGCAUGGGUCUGUUGGCUGCCUUGAUGACCGCAACUGACAAUGUUGCCAUUGGCUCUCUGGCUCUUGCAUCAAUCACUAUGGGCAGCACCAGCAUUGCUGUUGGAUUGAACGCACUCACACUCCACACUGGUUCGUUGGCUGUCGCCAUUGGCUACAAUGCGCUUGCCAAGAGCACAACUGCUCAGUUUAACAUGGGCGUGGGCCACCAGACACUUGCCAACAUCAUAUCUUCCAACAGCAACACAGCCAUUGGAUACCAGGCGCUCACAGCGGCCACCAGCACAGUCAACAGCACCGCCGUCGGCACAGGCGCGCUCAAGAACUGCCUCAGUGGCACCAACACCGCCACUGGCUUCUGGAGCCUCUGGAACACCAUGACAGGCACAAACAACACGGCGGUGGGCGCCAACUCCAGCCUCACCAUCACCACCAGAUCACGCAGCAUGUGCAUGGGCGAUGGCGCCAACACCAACUUGGCCACCGCCAUGGAUCACAUCACAUUGGGCAAUGGCGCCAUAGCAACAUCCAACAGCCAGUUUGCUCUGCCAUCAGCCAUCACCCAACUGCUCAUGUCCAGUGCACACCACCAAUGCACCCAUACCACUGAGCAUAGACUUGAGCAUCGUGCGCAAGGCGCCCACGCCGUUCUUCUCAUUGGUCUCACUCUUGGCUGA